AUGUCUGUUGCACCACCUUUGGGUAAAGACCUAGCUUCAGUUGGUAAACGAAAUUUCAUACGAGCUUUUACAAGUUCUCAUAAAAAGUUUUCAGACAAGAAAACGCGUGAUGCCGCGGUGAAGAGUCUUCGCAAUUUUCUUGCUACAACUGCAGAACAACCGUUACCAAAGCUGGAAAUGACAAAGCUCUGGAAGGCUAUAUUCUACUUGCAACAGGAGCUUUCAUCAUCCCUGGCGGAUCUACUAUUCGUCAUACCAUCCUCACAUGAAUCUCUUCAAUUUCUCAGGGGAUUCUGGGAAGCUAUAGUGAGGGAAUGGAUAGACAAGUACUAUCUCCUUGUGAGAAGAUUCGUUAAUGCUUCCUUUCGACUCUUGAUUAGAGAAAAAUGGGAUGUCAAAGCCAUGGAAGAGUACUCGAGUAUCAUGUCUGGACGUGGAGGUCCUUUGUACCUCGGUUAUCAUCUAGCGGAUAUAUACAAUGACGAGCUCAAUAAAGCCAUGGCUGCUGAUCCUGAG